GCGGCAAGAGCUCCCGUCCGAAGGGACACCCGUCGUCGGAAGCCCCCCCCCGGGACAAAGCCUCUCUCUCUCCAUCUAUCUCUCCGGGGCGAGGAAGCGGCGAGCGAGCGCUCCCGUCUGCGGUCGUCGAUAAUAAAAAAGUCGCGUGAGCGAGGUAAUCGUCGCGGCGGGCCGCCGAAAGUAAAGGAAGUGGAGGAAUAAAAACACAGGGGGAGGAGAGCGGAAGGAGUUCGCGUGCACAUCAGGGAAUUCGUCGUCCUCGCGGCCGCCGAAGAUGCCUCCGUCGUGCUUCGAGGUGAUCCUCGUCGGCUUCAUCCUCGUGCUGCCGUUCCUGUACGAGACCAGCCGCACCUUCCGCUACUACUUCAAGUUCCUCAUCUACUACGGCAUCGUGAUGGUGAACGCGGUCCUCCUCAUGCCCGUCAUCUCGCUGCGGCCCGGCAACGUCAAGAAUUUCCUACUGGCAUCGUCGUUAUGCCAUCAUAUAAGUGCUCUGCUAGGUCUGCGAUGGGAGCUGCGAGGAAGGGAGCACUUGGAGAAGAACAGGGCAUGUAUAAUCGUGGCGAACCACCAGAGCUCGCUGGACAUCUUGGGGAUGUUCGAUCUCUGGCCGGUGAUGGACAAGUGCACCGUCGUUGCCAAGAAGGAAAUCUUCUAUGCAUGGCCAGUCGGCCUGGCCGCGUGGUUGUGCGGCCUGAUUUUCAUCGACAGAAUGAACUCCGAGAAAGCGCGAUCCGCCCUCAACACCGCCACGAAGGAGAUCACGGAGAAGAAGAUCAAGCUGUGGAUAUUCCCCGAGGGCACCAGGCACAACACCGGUGAGAUACAUCCGUUUAAGAAGGGUGCCUUCCACGUCGCGAUCAGGUCGCAGUUACCCAUACUACCAGUUGUAUUCUCCUCUUAUUAUUUCUUAUCCGCGGAAGAGAAAAGAUUUGACUCCGGACACAUCCUCGUGACGACAUUGCCGCCCAUCUCAACCGAGGGACUCAGUACGGACAACGUGGAAGAAUUAAUAGAAAAAACGCGAAGCGCCAUGAGUGAGGUGUUUCACGCGACGAGUCGCGAGAUUCAACAGUCCCUUUCUGUCCGGUAAGACGUACAUCGAAUGAUCAUUAUUGGACUAUAACGAGAACGAGCUCGUCUUACAUAAGCGAGCGAGUAAGUUUACUUCUUUACAAGAGUAUUAGCGAAUAAGCCUCCACGCGGGAACCAAAGAUUAAGCGUCCGAUUGUUAACGUUCUCUUAUUGUAUAUUAUUGAUAAUAUGAUAUAAUAUCUUAAUUUAUAUUUUAAUAUGUCUCCAAAACUCAGAGAAAGUGGAUAGCGAUUUUAUACGAUACACCCGUAUCUAC